AUGGUGGCGAGUGCGCACGCGUCGCGCGACCUCGCCGCCGAAGCCCUAGAGGACGCUCUGGGGCGACUCGGGCCCUUCGGCCUCUACCAGCGAUAUGUCGCGAUAAUGCUGUGUAUCCCCAACCUGCUCGCGGCCAUGUAUACCCUUAAUUAUGUGUUCGUUGCGGACCAGGUGCCCUUUCGAUGUGUGGUCCCGGAAUGCGAAGGUAACUACACCCAGUUCCACAACCCUGCAGCACAGGCGCUCCUCCCGGCGGACUCCCGCUGCGACCGAUACUUACCACUGCAGGACGCAGGGACAGUCUCCUGUCAACGAGAAGACUUCCAUCAGAAUGACACUAAGGCUUGCAAUCAUUUUGUAUAUGAGAGCAUGUCUACUACUUUUGCUGAGUUUGACUUGGGGUGUCGCGAGUGGAUGCGGACCCUGGUCGGCACCGUCCGUAAUGCGGCGCUGCCCCUCGCGCUCCUGCUCACAGGAUACAUCUCCGACACAUACGGUCGCCGCACGGCCUUCUGUAUAUUCUCAGCCUUCGCGGCAGUGCUCGGCAUUGUCAAGGGCCUCUCCAUCAACUACCAGAUGUAUGUCGCCAUGGAGUUCUUUGAGGCAGCCCUCGGCUAUGGCUUUAAUAGCGCUGGAUAUGUCAUGAUGGUGGAGCUGGCGCGACCAUCGCUCCGAGCUUCGUUCGCGUGCGCCACGGGAGUCGCCUACGGGCUGGGCGGGAUGCUGUUCGCUCUUAUAGCGUGGAAGAUACAGUACUGGCGGCAUCUGCUGUACACCGUCCACUCCUUCGCGCUGCUGCUGCCACUCUACUGGCUUCUGGUAGACGAGAGUCCGCGCUGGCUACACGCAAAGGGCAGAACUGAGGAAACCGUGGACAUCAUCAAGAAGGCUGCCAGGUGGAACAAGAUCCAAGUAAGUGAAGAAAUUCUCUUCAAGUUGAGCGACAAGGAUUCCAUGAAGUCAGAUUCAGACUCAACCAGCUCCAACCCUUGGCUGCGGCUCCUGAGGUCCCGCGUGCUGGUGGGGCGCUUCGCGAUCUGCUCCUGGUGCUGGGUGGCGGUCGCUUUCGUCUACUACGGACUCACUAUAAACUCGGUCUCGCUCUCGGGAGAUAAGUACGCGAACUUUGCUCUGAAUAUGUCGAUGGAGAUAGUGGCGUCGCUACUGAUCAUGAUGGCGCUGGAGAGGUUCGGCCGGAAGUGGAGCAUCUUCGUCGCGUUCCUGGUCUGCGGCGUCGCUUGUGUCACACCUUACUUCACUUCGCACGCGGGCGCGGGGCUGGGGAUGUUCUUCGUGGGCAAGCUGGCGAUAACAUUCGCCUUCAACUCCAUGUACGUGUUCACGGCGGAGCUGUUCCCGACCAGCGUCCGCAGCUCCGCGCUGGCGGCCUGCUCGCUCGUGGGCAGGGUCGGCUCUAUACUGGCGCCGCAGACUCCCUUACUUAGUAUAUACAUCCAAGCUUUGUUAUACGGCGCGUUCUCGUGUCUGGCGGCGCUGGCGGUGCUGAUGGUGCCGGAGACGAGGCGGGCCAGGCUGCCGCGUGACGUCACUGACGCUGAACACAUCCGGGGCUCCUCUCCGAGCCCCGCCCCCGCGCCCGCUCCCGCCGACACCCCCCGCACCGUGGUGCUCUCCGCGGACACGUGACGCGCAGCUGACACUAACCAGCUCCGACAGAGCACGGGCACGCCGCCGCCCACACUCCACCUGCUGAGUGACGGGAUCCUUCGAUCUGUGCAGAGAUGGAGCACGCCGUGUCUGUGUUUGUAGUAGUUUGUACCGAUGACACAAAUAGCAACAAACACGUUUCCGUUCACUUUUGGAGUUCGAUUUUUUAUCAUCAAUCGUAUACAACAA